AUGGACCCACCGAUGUCAGAGGAUGAUAACAAAUCAGUUGGACACAAUGAACUGACUAGUGCCAUUACUGUUUCUUUACAUCCAUUGGUUAUAAUGAACAUAUCGGAACAUGUGACUCGAACAAGUGCACAGCAGAACGAUGGAAAACCUUUCGAGGUUUUUGGUGCAAUACUUGGGAAGCAGUCUGGAAGGCAUAUUGAAAUGAUGAAUAGCUUCGAGGUAAAAUGGAGUGAUGAAGGAAAGGGCUAUGCAGUUAUUGACGCAAGCUUUCUUUCUACAAGGCAACAGCAAUAUCAAGAAGUAUUUCAUGAUUUGGAUUAUGUUGGUUGGUAUACUAUUGGAAGUACAACGCCAACACAUGCAGAUUGGGAAGUGCAUCAGCAGUUUGCCGUCUUGCAUGAAUCACCAAUUUUUGUGAAGCUUGAUCCAAAAGCACCACCAGGCAAUAAGUUACCAGUGGCAAUCUAUGAGUCUGUGUCUACUAGUGGCUUAUCAACAAGCAGUCCAAGUUCAGUAAUGUGGCAUUCAGUUAACUGGUCGUUAGCCAGUGAACAAGCCGAACGUAUUGGAAUUGAACAUGUAGCCCAGAUUUCAACUGUUUCAGCAAGCACAAUAUCUUCCACAAAUAAACAGAUUGCAGGACAGAUGGGUGCAAUAAAUAUGUUACAGUCACGGCUGGAACUUAUUUACGAUUAUUUAUUAGCAGUUCGUAAAGGUGAAUUACCACGUGAUGAAGUUGUUAUACGAGAAAUUGCUCAGUUAGUACGUCGAGUACCAGUUUUGGGUUCGGACAAAUUCUUACAGCAAUAUAAGAAUCAAGGCUUGGAAGUCAAAAUGACUUCGCUUGUGGCAGUCCUUACAAAAACUUGUGGAACGCUUAAUGAUUUAGUAACGAAGAUGAAUAUAAUGUCAAUGGAAAGACAAACUUGGUUGCUUGCCUCUAGCAGACGAACGCGUCCUUUCCCAGCUGUGUGA